AUGACCGAGGAGGGCAAGUCAAAGGUUUGCACAGAUGCCAAGGUUGUUGUUGCCAAAAAGUAUACUGGCGAGUAUUAUGUUCGUGGUAUGAUGGGCGAUAGGAAAUCUUUUGCAAUCGAGCAUUCACAUGCUCGUCAGAAAAAACAUUCUGUGGAUGAGUUUUGUGUUGGUGAUGUCAUUGGGAGAGGUUCUUUUGCUGAGGUUUAUCAAUGCUGGAGGCCUGAUGACCCGGAAGUUGUAUACGCCAUGAAAAAAAUUCGCAAGGACCUGAUUAUACAACGCCAACAGUCUCUUAACAUUCACACUGAACGUGAUCUUCUUUCAGACGCCAAAUUACGUCAGAGACGAGCGGGUUGUCCGUGGAUUACGGAUCUUGUGGUGACAUUUCAGGAUCCAGAAUAUUUAUACAUAAUAACUGAAUAUUGCUCUGGGGGAGAUAUGAUAUCCUGGCUGAUUCGUCACGAUAUUUUUUCAGAGAAUACGGCAAAAUUUUAUAUAGCAGAGCUCGUUUUGGCUU